AUGGUUCGACAUGCGAUUGAAGAUAUCAAAUACACUGGUGGUAGUACGCUGACAGCGCAAGCUGUCGAACUUUCUGUGCAGGAUCUGCAACGUGGGCGCAGACCUGAUGCUAUCCAGGUUGUGGUGUUGAUGAACGAUGGUAUGUCGCAGGAUCCAUGGGAUAAGGUUCUAAGUGCGAGUGAAUUGCUUCGUUCAACUGGUGCCGAGCGUUUCGGUGUUGCUCUUGGAGAUAAGGUUGACCUCCGUGAACUGAAGCAUUACAUAGGUGAUGAGAAGCGAAUCUAUCGAGAUGGAUCUACGGAAAGAACAAGUACGAUGGAUGCACUCGAAAAUUCAAUCAGUUUAUCGUUACAAAUCAAUUUAGGAGGACAGUGGUUGUAUUACAGCGACUACAGAUGUCCUCCAGGAAAUAAACAUAGAUUAUUGCUAAUUACAAAAUCUUCAGGAUCACUACCCACAACCGCAGAUGGUAAAAGGAUCAAAUUGUCAAUCAUAUCGUUCGCUGAUGAACCGGAUCUUUUGGUUACCUUCAACGACAACCAAAAGCGAGAUGCAAUAUUCCGAAAGGUUGAAGGCAUCGAACCUGAGCAUGGAAAACCUAAAUACGCAAAAGCGCUGAACUUUGCCCUCGAGUAA